UGUAAAACAUUAUUAGUCGAGUUUUUUUCAGCGACGGAACGUCAACUUGUCAAAAUGAGGAAUUUAUUCAUAACUUGGGCAAUUCUGUGCUUUGUGUUAGUCGCAAAAGCGCAAAAUGAUGGAAAAUAUCGACCUACAAACGAUGGAAAAUAUGUUCCGCGUGACGAUGGAAAGUACAGAAGGCCUAAAGAGGGCGUUUAUUAUCAUGUUGUCGGGCCUGAGGGAGGAUUUGGCGGAGAAGGCGGUUUUGGGGGAGAAGGAGGCUUUGGAGGAAAAGGAGGAUUUGGACCUAAUGGUCCUCCAGGACCUACAGGACCUCCUGGGCCUCCGGGUCCUUUUGGUCCUCCGGGACCUCCUGGAUUUCCCGGCAGAGGUCCUCCAGCGCCAUCUAGACCUCCAGCGACGUAUUUGCCGCCUGUAACAAAAACAACUGUCGCUAUCGAAAAAGUUACCGUAACCGAACUUCCAAUUAAUGAGAAUGAAAAUUCAAUCGUAAUCGAUGAAGAGCCCUCAGAACAAGUUUCGAUCACACCCAAACCUUUUUACACGACAACAAAAACUCCGAAACAGGAAUCUUGUGCUCAUAGUGAUCAAAACUUCCAAUUUCAUCGCCAAGAUGGAUAUUAUUGCUUAUGUGGUUCUCUUUCUUUUCAUCAACAUAAAAAUCAUCAAGCGGAUGAAUUGUAGCUCGAGAAAAAAUUCGCAAUAAUUUAUCGAUAAUCUUAUCUUUAGUGUUAAUAAAUUAAAAUGCAGUAUUCGCCUCUUCCGCUCAAAUUUCGAAAUUGAUACAAAUUUAAAAAUAAAAAAACGAACAAUAAAAAAAAUAUUUUUUUAACACCUGA